CCAGCCUUCAAAUAUUUUCGCAAUGAAGUUUUUGGUCACGUUAACUGUUGCUGCCGUGGCAGCCGCCAGUCCUAUCAACGUUAACCAACCUGCUACCGUACCUGAUGAGAAUGAGGCAUACAGACAACUACACCAACGAAAUAUUGGCGUCGUCGCCAAAGAAUUUACCACAGAAGGCUGCAAACCCUACAUGUUUUUCUUCUCACGUGGCUCCACGGAAAUUGGCAAUUUGGGAACGGAAGUUGGGCCACAGUUAUCCGACGGCUUAAAGGCGUAUCUUGGGAAAGACAACGUUGCCACGGAAGGAAUCGACUACGCCGCCUUGCUCUCGACGAACUUUCUCCCCGGUGGAGCAGAUCCAAUCGGCAUUAAAGUGAUGCGAGACAUGGUCAACACGGCAGCAACGGACUGUCCCGACUCCACCAUACUUCUGGGAGGCUACAGCCAAGGAGCAGCUAUGGUUCACCGUACCGUCGAGGCUCUUCCCCCCACCGUCCAAAGCCGCAUCGCAGGGGCUGUCACCUUUGGCGAUACGCAGAACACACAAGACAAUGGACAGGUACCCGGACUGUCUCCAGCAAAGACCAAAGUUAUUUGCAACCCCGGGGAUUUAGUUUGCGUCGGCAUCCUGACGAUCACGCCGGCUCAUCUUGCGUAUACGCUCCGUGCAGACGAGGGGGUUCAGUUCCUGGUUAAUCGGGCGAUGGCACCCAAUUGAGAUGCGCACGUGACGAGAAGUGUUCUGGUACCCGCGCUGGUUUUUGUUCAGGGCCAGGUAUCGGUACCGCUGGUGACAAGGGUUACGAUUAACGAUCUAAUGGACUACGGUAUUUAGCGAGCGUGUUGUUGAGCGACAGCAUUCAAAUUCAUUUUCAAAUCGGAGGUUUGUGGCGGGUUAUAUAUAAUAUGGUGUCAUGGAUAAGUUUUCAAUUGUGUGUUUGUACCGUGCGCCAUCUUGGCACGCGCCAACUCUUAGCAUGUACUGUGGGAUUGAGCGACAUAUGUGUGCCUGAGGUGGUGCCUAAGGCAG